CACAACCACGUGGUUGCAACUUCACUCACAAAGAAUGUAUUGAUCAUCAACCUUUAUAGUAUAUUUUCUACUUCUAUUGUAUCCAAAACAAAAGCACCCAGUGAAAGCAAAAUGUCUCAAGCUAGUAAUCAGGCUCCGAGCACACGACGAGGAAUUGUCAAGCAGGUUUUGUCCGGUGACUCCAUGGUGAUUAGGGGUCAGGUGCGGAAUGGACCACCUCCUGAGAGGACACUCGCUCUGAGUGGUAUCACAACUCCUAAACUGGCACGUCGAGCCAACCCUAACGUGGAGGGCAGCGUAGACAGCAAGGAUGAGCCGUUUGCGUGGGAGACAAGAGAGUAUCUUCGCAAUCUCCUGGUUGGGAAGGAAGUGUCCUUUGUUGUCGAGUACACCACCAACACUAAGAGAGAAUACGGCACUGUAUCCAUCACAGUUGACGGAGAGAAUAAGAGUGUUAUCGACCUUUUGUUGUCCGAGGGACUGGCAGAAGUGAGACAGACUGGACGGGAGAGUGAGGAAGUGCAGCGGCUCAAUACACUAGAGGCAGCUGCCAAGUCGGCAGGCAAGGGGAGGUGGGGCAAAGACGGCAAACCAGUCAGUCGUGAUGUCACCUGGAACAUGAGCAACGAUGCCCUGAGGAGCUUUGUACAAAGACACACAGGACAAGAAAUUGAUGCUGUCAUUGAACAUGUACGAGAUGGGUCAACGUUGCGAGCUAUCCUCCUUCCGUCGUUUACUACCGUAACCGUGGCCAUGUCCGGGGUCAAGUGUCCUGGCUUUAAGAGGGACGGAGACAAAGAAACUCCCGAACCAUUCGCUGAGCAAGCAAAAUUCUUCACCGAGUCAAGACUACUCCAACACGACGUCAAGUUGCUCAUAGAGGGCGUGUCCAAUCAGCUCGUCCUAGCAACCGUCAUACAUCCUGCUGGGAGCAUAGCAGAGUACCUCCUCAAGCAAGGCUACGCUCGCUGUGUGGACUGGUCGAUGGCAUCCGUCACCCGAGGCAAAGACAAACUAAGAGCCGCUGAAAAGAAAGCCAAACAGGACCAGCUGAGACUGUGGAAGGGCUACACUCCGCCAGCUGCUCCUGAUUAUGCUGGCAAGGCCAAGAACUUCUCGGGCAAAGUGGUGGAGGUAGGUAACGCUGACAACAUCACUGUCAAGACAAGCGAUGGUGUUCUCCAUAAGAUCUUCUUCUCCAGCGUUAGACCACCAAGACCAAUGAAGGAUGAGGAGGCAGACCCAGCUGCAGCCCCAGCAGGAAAGCCACGCCCACUCUACGAUACUCCGUACAUGUUUGAGGCUCGAGAGUUCCUCAGAAAAAAACUAAUUGGGAAAAAGGUGAACGUAGUGGUGGAUUACAUCAAGCCGGCCCAGGACAGGUUCCCCGAGAGGUUGUCUUGUACCGUUACCACGGUAGUGAGCGACAAGGGAGUUGGAGUUAACAUAGCCGAAGCUUUAAUAAGCAAGGGAUUGGCCUAUUGUCUCCGUCAUCGCCAAGACGACGACCAGCGCUCCUCCACCUACGACGAGCUCAUGACGGCCGAGGCUAGGGCAAUAAAGAACAACAAAGGCGUUCACAACAGGAAAGACGCACCAAUUCACAGGGUGGCAGAUGUGGACUCUGCACUCAAAGCAAAACAGUUCCUGACCUUCUUGCAGAGGGCGGGUCGUACAGUGGCCCUCGUGGAGUUUGUAGCCUCAGGGUCCAGAGCCAAGCUCUACCUUUCCAAGGACACCUGCCUCAUCAACUUCAUUAUGGCUGGUCUGCAAUGUCCCCGUGCCCCCAAGGCAAGUGAUGGGCCUGGAUCAGGAGAACCAUUCGGACGAGAAGCUCUUACUUUCACAAAGGAACUCAUCAUGCAAAGAGAAGUGGAGGUCGAAGUGGAAUCGUCCGACAAGGGAGGCAAUCUGAUUGGUUCAAUGUUCGUUGACGGGAAGAACCUUGCCGUGCUGUUGUUAGAGGCGGGACUGUGUAAAGUAUUUGCACCGUCAGCAGAAAGAUCUCAGUACGGAAAAUCACUGUUUGAGGCGGAGGAGGUAGCAAAGAAUGCACGAAAGAAGCUUUGGGAGGACUAUGUAGAGCCAGCUGCUGACGAGGUGGCGGAGGAGGGGGAAGCGACUGCUGUGACCCCGGGGGAGGAUAGUGCUCCGCCCGAGAGAAAGGUCAAUCAUAGGAAGAUUGUUGUCACUGAAGUGGUCAGCCCAAACAACUUUUGGGCACAACUUGUCGACCAAGGUGUUCAGUUCACCACACUCAUGGAGCAACUGAGAAAUGACCUCUCGGCCAACCCCCCCCUCGCUGGUUCCUUUAACGCUACAAGGGGGGCGCUCUGCGUACUAAAAUUCACAGACGGACUAUGGUAUCGGGCAAAAGUGGAGAGAAUCGAAGGAAAGAAAGCUCACGUUCUCUACAUGGAUUAUGGGAAUAAACAAGUUGUUCCACUGUCAAGCCUCUCAGCUUUACCAGCAGGUUACCGGAACCAACCCCCUCAAGCUCAGGAAUACUUCCUAGCCUGUAUCAUUCCUCCUGAUGAUGAGGAUUGGCUCAAGGAUGCGUUCACUCUCUUCUGUCAGGAAGUGACUGGCAAGACACUGCUCCUCAAUGCUGAGUAUAAGAUCACUGGGCAGAGCUACGUUUCCCUCCUCAACAGCGAAGAUAAGACGGAUAUCGCUCGGAAGAUGAUAGCAGAAGGUUUGGCCAGACUCGACAAACGUAAAGAUCGAAGGCUAUCGAAACUUGUGGGGGAGUACUGCAGUGCCGAAGGGGAAGCAAGGAAAAAUAGGGUGGGCAUGUGGGUGUACGGCGACAGUACUCCGGACAUGGCGACAGAGUUCGGCUAUAAGAAAUGAAAAAAGAAGUAACUUUAUGUAUAUAAAUAUAUAUGUAUAUAAUUAUAGCAUUUAUAGCUUCGUAUAGUUAGGGAUUAUGUCAAAAGUGUGUCGAAUGGAAUUUCUAUAUUUUCAAACAAAUUUUGUCAGGAAUUUA